UCCGGGCUGGUCCUCGAUUUUAAAUCUGAUUGGCCGAGAGCACAUUUUGGGACGGUGCUUAGAGCUCGACGGGGCGGUUUCAAGGAUCCCUUUUUUUGGGGGGCUAAGGAGAGGGCGGGGCCGCCAGCGGGGGCCCCCUUGAAACCGACUAAUUGGGAUCGGAGAGGCCGAGGUGAGGGCUGGAGGAGGCACAAAGGAGUCGCCGGGUGGAGGAGGGAGGCGAGAGGGGGAGUUGGGAGGCGAGAGGCGGAGGCAGGGGAGGAGAGAGGGCAGCGGUGCGCCGCGGCUCUGGCGGCUCAGUGCGACCGCGGCGAGCGAGCGGGCAGGCGCACCGCCCCCUCCCCCGCCCGGCCUCCCCAACUCUGCGGCCGCGAGCAAAGUUUGCAAAGCGGCGCGGGAGGCGGCGGCCGCAGCCCGGCGGCAGCGGGGAAGGCGCGCGGUCUCGGGGUUGGGGGCGGGGGCGGGGGGGCGCCCGGGAGCCGGGCGGGGGGCGGCGGCCAGCAUGCGGCCCCGCAGCGCCCUGCCCCGCCUGCUGCUGCUGCUGCCGCCGCCGCCGCCGCUGCUGCUGCUCCUGCUGCUGCCCGCCGCCGGGCCGGCCCAGUUCCACGGGGAGAAGGGCAUCUCCAUCCCAGACCACGGCUUCUGCCAGCCCAUCUCCAUCCCGCUGUGCACGGACAUCGCCUACAACCAGACCAUCAUGCCCAACCUGCUGGGCCACACGAACCAGGAGGACGCGGGUCUGGAGGUGCACCAGUUCUACCCGCUGGUGAAGGUGCAGUGCUCGCCCGAGCUGCGCUUCUUCCUGUGCUCCAUGUACGCGCCCGUGUGCACCGUGCUGGAGCAGGCCAUCCCGCCGUGCCGCUCCAUCUGCGAGCGCGCGCGCCAGGGCUGCGAAGCGCUCAUGAACAAAUUCGGGUUCCAGUGGCCCGAGCGCCUGCGCUGCGAGCACUUCCCGCGCCACGGCGCCGAGCAGAUCUGCGUGGGCCAGAACCACUCGGAGGACGGGGCGCCCGCGCUGCUCACCACCGCGCCGCCGCCAGGACUGCAGCCGGGCGCCGGGGGCACCCCGGGCGGCCCGGGCGGCGGCGGCGCGCCCCCGCGCUACGCCACGCUGGAGCACCCGUUCCACUGCCCGCGCGUCCUCAAGGUGCCGUCCUACCUCAGCUACAAGUUUCUGGGUGAGCGCGAUUGCGCGGCGCCGUGCGAGCCGGCGCGGCCCGACGGCUCCAUGUUCUUCUCGCAGGAGGAGACGCGGUUCGCGCGCCUCUGGAUCCUCACCUGGUCGGUGCUGUGCUGCGCCUCCACCUUCUUCACGGUCACCACGUACCUGGUGGACAUGCAGCGCUUCCGCUACCCGGAGCGGCCCAUCAUCUUCCUGUCGGGCUGCUACACCAUGGUGUCGGUGGCCUACAUCGCGGGCUUCGUGCUCCAGGAGCGCGUGGUGUGCAACGAGCGCUUCUCCGAGGACGGCUACCGCACCGUGGUGCAGGGCACCAAGAAGGAGGGCUGCACCAUCCUCUUCAUGAUGCUCUACUUCUUCAGCAUGGCCAGCUCCAUCUGGUGGGUCAUCCUGUCGCUCACCUGGUUCCUGGCGGCCGGCAUGAAGUGGGGCCACGAGGCCAUCGAGGCCAACUCGCAGUACUUCCACCUGGCCGCCUGGGCCGUGCCGGCCGUCAAGACCAUCACCAUCCUGGCCAUGGGCCAGAUCGACGGCGACCUGCUCAGCGGCGUGUGCUUCGUGGGCCUCAACAGCCUGGACCCGCUGCGCGGCUUCGUGCUGGCGCCGCUCUUCGUCUACCUGUUCAUCGGCACCUCCUUCCUGCUGGCCGGCUUCGUGUCGCUCUUCCGCAUCCGCACCAUCAUGAAGCACGACGGCACCAAGACGGAGAAGCUGGAGCGGCUCAUGGUGCGCAUCGGCGUGUUCUCGGUGCUCUACACCGUGCCCGCCACCAUCGUCAUCGCCUGCUACUUCUACGAGCAGGCCUUCCGCGAGCACUGGGAGCGCUCCUGGGUGAGCCAGCACUGCAAGAGCCUGGCCAUCCCGUGCCCGGCGCACUACACGCCGCGCACCUCGCCCGACUUCACCGUCUACAUGAUCAAGUACCUCAUGACGCUCAUCGUGGGCAUCACGUCCGGCUUCUGGAUCUGGUCCGGCAAGACGCUGCACUCCUGGAGGAAGUUCUACGCGCGGCUGGCCAGCGGCCGGCACGGGGAGACCACCGUGUGAGCGGCCGCGCGGGGACGGCCCGCGCCCCGGAUUUUAUUUUUCUAAAUAAAGAACAGUCGAAACCAUUUCUUUUUUUUUUUUUUUUCCUAAGGUCUUUUUUUAAAAAAAGAGAGAGAAAACUCUGCUCAACAGCCCACCAGGUUUGUAAUUAAAACUGUAAAUAGCCUUUGUAAAUUUAAUUAUAUAUUUUCUAUUUAAAAGGAAAAAGAAAAAAAAAAAGAGCAGCGACGGCGCCAGGGCUGAAGGAGUUGGGUGGGGGGGCAGGUUCCUUUUUUAAGGAGGGCCGGGGUCCACCGUUCGGGAGUCGCGCGCACCUGGGCUGGGGCUUGCGUGGGGCUCGGCGGGCGGCGCCUCGCCCCGCGCCCCGCGCCGAGCAGGCUGGAAGAAGUUGGCCUUGGUUCCGUCCGGUUUCCGUCAGAGCCACAUCUUCGAGCCCCCUCGUGGACGCUGGGCCUGGGGAAGCUGCAGGGUAUUUUUGAAAGAGACUUGGGAUUUUUUUAUUUCCCUCUCCCUCUUUGCUCUCCCCACUCAAGUGGCCUGUCUCCUUCGCCCGGUCUCCGGAGAGCUCCGCACGGGGAUGAAGAUUGGAAAACAGAACAAAACCAACCAACACCGGCCCAGUGCCGGGGCCUGGGGUGGGGGCUGGGGCGCGGGGAGCCAGUGGGCCCAGAGGACCGCUCCGUUCUUCCUCUUUUCUUCUUUGCCACUCCUGCCCUCAGCGCUUAGGCCUGGCAGAAAAUGCCCGGCGGCAAAGUGCGUCUUGAAACCACCUCCCGGGCCUGGCGGCUGCCCCCACCCAACAGAGCAUUAGCCACGGGCAUUGGCUGCAGGCCGGGUCCAUGGGAGACCGGCCUCUCGUCCCUUCUCCCUCUACUGCCUCUCUCUCUCUCUCUCUUUCCCUAGGGAGCACGGUGCCUGGCAUUCGGUUAGAGUCUGCGAGCUGGUUUGUGUGUGCCGUGUGGGUUUUAUUGUUGUUUGUGGCUUCUUUUUCUAUUUUUUUUCCCCCAGAAAAGCACUAAAAAACGGGCUGGGUUGGAGGGAGGGGGAUGGGUGGCCGGGUGGGAUUUUUAGUUUUCCUUUGACAAAAGACUGGUUUCUUUUCCAACUUGUCCACACACACACACACACACACACACACACACACGGGUGGUGUGUGCUCUGGCUCUGGGCAGGCUCUGGCUGCAGCCUGCCGGAGUGUUUACAUGACUUUCUAUAUCACAAGAUUGAUAGAAUGUUUACAACAGAUGUUUCUUAUCUCCCCCUUCCCCCACAAACAAAAGCCAAGACUUUAUUCUUAAGUUAGCUGCCUGGGAAGUGAGGUAGACCGUCUGACUGCUGGGAUGAGAAUCCCAGUUUCCAAUGCAUCAUUUCCCUCAACUAUUUGGAAUAUUUUAGAAUUUUAAUUCCAAAGAAUUGAUUUGAAGACAAGUAUGCCACAUAACUCGACUUUCACCCUCUCCUGUUUCUUGAUAAUAGUGCAAAUUAAAAGCUAAUAAUCAUCUUAAUAAAGUGUAUGUAAUUAUCUUUGA